CUCCUUGUUGGUAGUGCCAUACACUUGCACACAUCUAUACACACAACACUGUUGCUGUCUGCUCAUUCUUAAAUGUUGGCUCAAUAGGCUGAUAUCUGGCUAAACUAUAGAGCUAAAAUUGUAGAUGAAUAAGUUCCAGUGUGGACUUAAUAGAAUCAAUAUACUUCAAUAGACUCUGGUUAAACUUAAGUUCUAGUUAUUUGAACAGGUCCAUAACACUGAAAGAAGAGUAAAAAGAAAAGAGUGGAAAACCAAAACAUAGAAGACAGUAAAAAGAAGAGAAGGCUUUAGUCACAUCCCAGACUGGAGGGUGCAGCGAAUGUGUGACUGUUCACAUGACUAUGAAUUGGAUAUGAUUGCCUCCAAUUAAAAUAAUAAUUCAGUGAUUAGGUUCGACCAUCUCAUCCUACCCAAAUGCAACGAAUAAAACUACAAUGGAAGGUUAUUCUCAUUCUCAUAUAUGCAGUUGCAUGUAUGGUCAUUUUUGGAUUCAUAACUCGUAUGAAGUCUUAUGCUGUUCCAACCAAAUCGGAAGAUAUUUGUCUUUCACUUCACGUGUCAAAUGAGACCCUCACCCCUCUAACUGGCACCAGACAUCUACUGGUGUCCGCCUACUUAGAGCUCAGGUUGGAGGAGAAGAUGGUGCGAAUUAUCAGUGUGUUCAAGAGAGACUCGGUUCAGGAUCUCUUCUGUGUGUUCUGCUGCAUUGAUAAUAUGUCGACUACCUUGCCCGCUCAGGUGCUGAUGCACUCUGAUCACUUUGGCUUCCCCUUUGCUACCACCGACAUCCUCUGUAAGAUUCCUGCUUACUGCAGCAUUGUGCAAUAUGUCACGUUGAUAUCACAUGCCGACGUCAAUAGUACGCUGAAGCAGACCUUCCUCCCCAUUAAAAACCUGCAGAGUGGACAGAAAAAGGAGGAGGACUAUCACUAUCAGUUUAACUUCACCGUCUGCAUCUCCAACCUUUUUGGGAACUACAACAAUGUGCUUCAAUUUACCCAGAGCCUAGAGAUGUACAGAUUGCUGGGUGUUGGCAGGGUGGUGGUGUAUAACACUAGCUGUGGACCAGAGCUAGACAUGCUGCUGAAGAGCUACAGUCAGGAGGGCUUUGUGGAGGUGGUGCCCUGGCCCAUUGAACUUUACCUCACUCCAUCCCCUGGCUGGACACCAGACCAAGGAGGUGAAUUACAUUACUACGGCCAGCUGGCAACACUCAACGAUUGUGUGUACAGAUACAUGUAUCACUCGCAUUACGUCUUACUUAAUGAUAUAGACGAGAUCAUAGUACCGUAUCAACACACCAGCCUCAAGUCUGCUUUCGACAUGCUGCAAAGACAGUACCCACAGGCAGGAGUUUUCAUGAUCCAGAACCAUAUAUUCCCCAACACCCAGUUUGAUCUGAGUGGAAGGUACCAUGUACCCUACUGGGAGGGGGUGCCAGGUGUCAACAUUUUGGAGCACAUCUACAGAGAGGAGCCAAACUGGAAGCAAACAUCAAAAACAUCACACCCAUUCAAGAUGGUAGUGCAGCCAAGAGUGGUGGAGCAGACAUCAGUGCACAGCGUACUGCACACCUUCAAGGAUGUGGUGGAGGUUCCCCCAGGGGUGUGUCGGAUCAUCCAUGUCAGAGCUGCCCUGCAAAAUGCAUUGACAAAGAAUGAACUACAUCAGGACACCAGAUUAUGGGACUACCACAGACAACUGGUUCCCAACGUGGACAAGGCCCUCAGGAGGGCAGGGCUCCUGAAUUGAAAGGGUUUGUGAAUACCUGGCGGAAUCCAUUGUAACAUUUUUAUACAAUGAAAUAACUAGGACAAUAUACAGUGCCCUCCAAAAGUAUUGGAACAGUGAGGCCAAUUCCU